GACUCGUACACAGAUUCUCUCCGCUUUAUUGUUUUCGUCUUCAACACCUUUACUCUGUUCUCUCCUCACAGCUGUUCCCUUCAUUUCUCUCCUACUAGGGAAUAUUUCCUUCAACAAUGAAGGUUACCAAGGGUAAAGCAGCGGCAAGGAAAGACAAAAAGGAAGCAUUGAAGCCUGUUGAGGACAGGAGGCUUGGGAAGCGAAAGGCAGCACUUAAGGCAGAUAAAAGUACCAAAAAAUUGGCAAAGAAGGAAAAAUUGGCCAAGAAGGACCCUAACAAGCCAAAGAGGCCUCCUAGUGCUUUCUUUGUGUUUCUAGAAGAGUUCAGGAAGGUAUACAAACAAGAGCAUCCCAAUGUGAAGGCUGUUUCAGCUGUUGGGAAAGCUGGGGGAGAGAAGUGGAAAUCCUUGUCUGAAGCUGAUAAAGCUCCAUAUGAAGCUAAAGCAGCAAAAAGGAAAUCAGACUAUGAAAAGCUUAUGGCAGCAUACAACAAGAAACAGGAAAGUAUGGCUGAUGAUGAAGAAGAAGAGUCUGACAGGUCAAAAUCUGAGGUAAAUGAUGAAGACGAGGAAACUGGAGAGGAAGAGGAAGAAGAUGAGGAUGAGGAUGAGGACUGAAAACUAGCAUGUUUUAUAGAUUAAGUCCUUAUGGUUGAUCAGGCCAUAAAUUCUGGAUUAUGUAAUGAUCAUACCUUCGGGUUGUGUGUGAUUGGUUUUGAGCCAGGAAAGCUUGCAGCCUGUACUGCUGCUAAGUUUCCAUGUUAGGUUACUUGUGUAUUUCGUAUGCAUAUAUAUUCCACUCCCUGUCUCAGUUAAAUAUGUCCUGAUCAUUUCACAGGUCUUCCUCUCAUGAUUUCUUUAGUUAUUAUUCCCUUAUUACCAGUAAACAGGAAAUGAAUGAACUAGAUAAAUAUAAAUUGGGGUUCAGUCAUAUUAUUCCUUA